CCUCGUUUGUGUCUUCCUCGACGAUCUGCCCUCUAGUACUUAGCCAGCGUCUCUUUACAAGAUUGUUGUCCAUCAGUGUGUGCCUGUGUCCGUCUCUCUAUCCAUCGGUUCCUCCCAUAUCAAGUACACACACACUCACACACACACAUAUAUAUAUAUAUAGUGAAAUGGCGAACGCAAUCAGGUUCUUUGAGUUGAACACUGGAGCAAAGAUUCCAUCAGUUGGAUUGGGGACUUGGCAGUCCGAUCCGGGUCUCGUCGGCAAAGCUGUUGCAGCAGCAGUAAAGAUCGGGUACCGGCACAUCGAUUGUGCCCAAGUGUAUGACAAUGAGGCAGAGAUCGGCUCAACUUUUAAGACACUGUUCGAUGAAGGCGUGGUCAAGCGUGAGGAACUGUUCAUCACAUCCAAACUCUGGUGUACAGAUUAUGACCCGGAUGAUGUACCGAAGGCCUUUGAAAGAACCUUACGAGAUUUGCAGAUUGAUUAUCUGGACUUGUAUCUUAUACACUGGCCGUUUGCAAUGAAGAAAGGAUCAGUGGGCUAUUCACCUGAAUAUGUCGUAAAAGGCGACAUAGCAAGCACCUGGAGGGCAAUGGAAGCGCUCUACGAUUCAGGCAAGGCACGGGCGAUUGGAGUCAGUAACUUUUCCACCAAGAAAUUGGCCGAUCUCCUAGAUACUGCACGCAUCACUCCUGCUGUUGAUCAGGCGGAGUGCCACCCUUCAUGGCAGCAGACCAAGCUCCGUGAGUUCUGUAAAUCCAAAGGAAUCCAUCUGACAGGUUACUCACCACUCGGGUCCCCAGGCUCGACGUUCCUUAAGAGCGAGGUCCUUAAGCACCCCAUUUUAAACAUGGUUGCGGAGAAGUUGGGGAAGAGCCCUGCACAGGUUGCAAUAAGGUGGGGCCUUCAGAUGGGCCAUAGCUUGCUGCCAAAGAGUACCAAUGACGCCAGGAUCAAGGCAAACUUCGAAGUCUUUGACUGGUCGAUCCCCGACGACUUGUUUGCCGAGUUUUCCAAGAUCGAGCAGGCUAGACUCCUCAGAGGAAAUGCAUUUGUCCAUGAGACUCUCAGUCCAAUUAAGACCGUCGAGGAACUCUGGGACGGCGAGAUCUAGACAGUACUAGAGCUCCGCGGCGAGAAGUGGACCGGACUGGAAUAACUGAGAUUUAACUGGACGUCUCUGAGAUAGCAAGAAGGGAAGAAUUGGUGCAAACAGCGUUUGGUUCCUGAUGAGUGAUGACUUACUUGUGAUGUUUAAUUUGCUCUAAUGCAGUGCCUGAAUUGGUAUAAAUAAAGACAUGUUUUUCAUCCUA